AUGCAAGCCAUAUCUAGGAAUGACCCCCACAGAGGAGAUCAUCACUCCUCUACAAGAUCCAACCCCGGCCUAAAAGGGCUAAGUCUUGCAGGAACAGGUUUUAGGAAGGAAAAGCCAACUCGAGGCACAACUCGAUCGAGCCAAGCAAGCUCGAUCGAGGAGGCGAACCCAGUCGAGUGGAGUGCCCUGAUGGCCGUCUACCAUCUCCAGACCACGACCUUGCCUCCCAGUUCUUUGGGGGGCACUGAGAUAGCUGAUCUCUAUCUUUGA